AUGGUAAAAUUUACCGCUGAACAAAUGCGUGCCUUGAUGGACAAGGCUACAAAUCUCAGAAAUAUCACUGUUAUUGCGCACGUCGACCAUGGAAAAACUACUCUUACUGAUACCCUCUUGAACAAGGGUGGCAUUACCUCUCAGGCUUCUCGUCAAAUGGACACCCGUCCCGAUGAACAAGAAAGGGGUAUAACUAUAAAGUCCACAGCCAUAUCAAUCUAUUUCCAGCUGCCCGAGGCAGAGCUCAAGGCUGUGGCGCAACAAACUGCUGGAUCCGAGUUUCUCAUCAAUCUUAUCGAUAGUCCUGGUCAUGUCGACUUCUCUUCUGAAGUCACCGCCGCUCUUCGUGUUACCGACGGCGCUCUUGUUGUUGUCGACACCAUCGAUGGAGUCUGCGUUCAAACCGAGACCGUUCUCCGACAAGCCCUCACCGAGCGUAUCAAACCCGUUGUGGUGAUCAACAAAGUCGACCGCGCGCUUCAAGAGCUGAAGCUCUCUAAGGAAGAGCUUUACCAGUCUUUCUGCCGGACCAUCGAGUCCGUCAAUGCUGUCAUCGCUAUGUACAACGAUCCUGCUCUGGGAGAUGUUCAAGUAUCACCCGAACAAGGAACGGUAGCUUUUGCGUCAGGAUUGCAGGGAUGGGGUUUCACGCUUCGACAAUUAGCCGCUCGUUAUGCGCGCAAGUUCGGUGUUGACGAGAACAAGAUGCUUUCCCGCCUGUGGGGCGACAACUAUUAUAACCCGACAACAAACAAGUUCACCAGCAAAUCGACGGAUGCAGAUGGGGCACCCCUGGAGCGUGUGUUCAACCGACUUGUGCUGGAUCCGAUAUACAAAAUCUUCGACGCUAUUCUCGGCGCCGGAGGCACUCAAGACCCUUCUGGAAUUGGCCCAAUACUCGACCGUCUUGAGAUCACUCUUUCGACAAAAGAGCGCCAACUCUUUGGCAAAGAUCUUCUGAAAACAGUAAUGCAAAAGUAUCUGCCUGCAGGCGAUGCUCUCCUCAGUAUGAUCGUGCUGCAUCUACCUUCCCCCGUUGUCGCCCAACGCUAUCGAGCGCCAAUGCUCUACGAAGGCCCCCCUGAUGACGAAUCCGCAUUGGGUAUCCGCGAUUGUGAUGCAUCGGGUCCAUUAGUGCUCUUUGUUUCCAAGAUGGUCCCAACGUCAGAGCGCGGUCGAUUCUACGCGUUUGGCCGUGUUUUCUCUGGGACAGUCCGAACGGGUCAGACAGUCCGCAUUCAAGGACCUCACUACAUACCUGGCUCUGGUGGAGGCGGGAAGAAGGACAAGGAAGACUUGUUUGUCGGCAAGUCAAUCCAACGGGUUGUCUUGAUGAUGGGCCGCCAUAUUCAGCCUCUUGCCGAUUGUCCGGCGGGCAACAUCGUAGGUCUUGUGGGUAUCGACGAGUACGUGCUGAAGAGCGCCACCCUGACAACUUCCCUAACCGCCCACAAUAUCCGAGGCAUGCGGUUCGAUGUGGCGCCGGUGGUUGAAGUUGCCGUCGAGGUUCAGAGCCCUGCAGACUUACCCAGACUUGUCGAGGGUUUGAAACGACUUUCAAAAGUUGACUCGGUCGCCCAGACAAGGCUUUCGGAAUCUGGGGAACAUAUUGUAGCAGCUGCUGGGGAGCUUCAUCUCGAGAUUGUGAUCAAAGAUCUCGGUGACCUCGCAGGCGUUCCUCUCAAGGUCUCUCAACCGAUUGUUCCUUACCGCGAGAGUGUCAGCGCCGUCUCUUCGUCGCCCGCUCUAGCCAAAUCCCCCAACAAACACAAUCGCUUGUACCUCACCGCCGCACCACUGGGCGAGACUCUUACUUCCGCGAUUGAAAACGGCACCAUUAGCGCGCAAGACGAUCCCAAGUCACGUGCUCGUAUACUUGCCGAUGAGCAUGGAUGGGAUGUCACCGAAGCCCGCCGCAUUUGGGCGUUUGGCCCAGAGGGCAAUGGUGCUAAUGUGCUUGUGGACACAACGAAAGGCGUUCAAUACAUGAACGAGAUCAAAGAUUCGUGUGUUGCAGGUCUACAGUGGGCGACCAAAGCCGGGGUGUUGGCUGAAGAACCGAUGCGAGGAACAAGACUCAAUGUUGUCGAUGUCAUGCUCCAUCCAGAUGCAAUCCAUCGUGGUAGUGGUCAGAUACUGCAGACAAUGAGACGUGUGGUCAACGCAGCCUCGCUUCUCGCACAACCAGUCCUUCACGAGCCUAUCUUCCUCGUCGAGAUCCAAUGUCCGAAUACCGCUAUCGGUGGCGUGUACAGCGUUUUGAGUAUGCGGCGUGCCCAAGUGUUCAGCGAGGAGCAGCGUGGGACAUCUGCCUUAUGCACGAUAAAAGCCCACGUACCAGUGAGCGAGUCGUUUGGGCUUAGUUCGGCUCUCCGUCAAGCAACAGGAGGUCAAGCCUUCCCUCAGAGUAUAUUCGACCAUUGGGCAGCGGUACCAGGGUCUGCGCUGGACAAGGGAAGCCGUGCCGAAGAGAUAGUCACCAAGAUAAGGACGCGCAAAGGUCUGAAUCCAAGCGUACCUCCUCUCGACACUUAUUUGGAUCGCCUUUAG